AUGGCAACUCGAGGUAGCUUGCAAGAGUUCAAUGCAGCUACUGAUUCCAUCACACAAUACUUGGAGAGGGUGGAUCUGUACUUCACAGCUCAAAGAAUACAGGACGACUUGAAAGUAGCAACUCUACUAUCGUCCAUUGGAGCGUCGACAUAUGCUAGACUGAGCGACUUUUUCGUACCAGAGUCCAGAAGGAAGGAGAAGAGGAAACUAGCAAUCCACUGUGGAUUUGCGGGAGACAGACUGACAGAAGAACUUCGAGAUCAGAUCGUGGUGGGAUUGCGGAAAGAGACGGACAGGAAGAGGCUAUUGACAGAAGCUGACCUGACGUACAAGCGAACACUUGAAAUAGUGCAAGCAUCUGAGUCUGCAGAGAAGACCACGAAGAGCCUUCAAAGACACGACACAAGUGAAGUCUUGUAUACGUCAAGGAAACAGAAACACCAGAAAUCAAGCAAAACACCCCCGCAGGAUCAGCCAAGAGACUGUUAUCGCUGUGGUGGUAAACAUCAGCCAGCAGUGUGCAAGUUUAAGGAAGCGGUAUGUCACUACUGUAAGAAACCUGGCCACAUUGCAAGGGUAUGCCGAGCUAAGGCAAAACAAGAAAAAGGAAAGAAACCUACUCAUCACAUGGAGCACAGCUACGAGUCUGAUGACAGUGUAAACCUGAUCAAUCAUGUGGAAGAAAGGAACCACCACCAACCACCAUAUGUGGUACAUGUGUCACUGAAUAAGGUUCCUAUGGAAAUGGAAGUAGAUACUGGUGCAGCGAUGUCGCUGAUCAGCAACGAAACAUUUCGACAACUUCAGAAGAACAAAACGUCUCAACAACUCCGAAAAGUCGCAUUGAAACCUACGACGAUACGACUACGUACGUACUCCGGACAACAGCUGGUUGUGCUAGGAACACUAAAAGUACAUGUGAGGUACGAGGCACAACGAGCUGCUCUGUCAGUGCUAGUAGUAGAAGGUUCUGGACCUAGCCUAUUGGGUAGAGAUUGGCUUAAGAGUCUCCAAUUGAAUUGGAAGGAAUUGGCUGCUAUCCAUUACACACCCCAGUACCUGCCAUCUGUUGAGGAAACCCUCAGUAAACACAAAGGUGUAUUCAGUCCAGAGCUAGGAAAAGCUGCCCACGUUGAAGCAAAGUUACAAGUGGAGCAAGAUGCAACUCCUACAUUCUGCAAGGCAAGAAAGGUUCCGUACGCCUUACGUGAGAAGGUGGAAAAUGAACUCAAUCGAUUAGAAGCAAACGGAAUCAUUGAACCAGUGAAGUUCUCUAACUGGGCUGCACCUGUGGUCCCAGUGUUAAAACCUGAUGGAUCGAUAAGAAUCUGUGGAGAUUACAAGCAAACAGUCAACAAAGCGGCUAAGCUUGACCCUUACCCUCUACCCAAAAUCGAAAACCUCUUUGCUCGACUAGCAGGGGGGAAGAAAUUUACCAAGCUAGAUAUCGCUCAUGCGUAUCAGUAGAUUCCUUUGGACGAGGAGUCCAAGGACAGUGUCACGAUCAACACCCACAAGGGUUUGUUUCGGGAUAACCGACUACCUUUCGGGGUACACUCCGCUCCAGCCAUAUUCCAAAAGGCUAUGGAAGGGUUGCUUAGAGACAUUCCUUCGACGGUAGUGUACAUUGAUGACAUUUUGGUUACAGGAGAAACAGAGGAGGAACAUCUCCAAAAUAUCGACAAAGUCUUAACCAGACUGGGAGAAGAAAAUCUCACACUGAAGAAAGGAAAGUGUCAGUUUCUACUGGACAAGGUGGAAUACCUUGGGCAUUCGAUCUCAGCAAAUGGUUUAGAACCAACAGAGACCAAGGUCAGAGCCAUCAGAGAAGCCCCAGCGCCUCAGAAUGUACCACAGUUGCGCUCAUUUCUAGGAAUGGUGAAUUACUAUGGCAAGUUCAUCAAGGACGUAUCGAGCAAUCUAGCACCACUGUAUCGGUUACUUCAAAAGAAGACCCAAUGGAAAUGGGGGAUCCAAGAGAGAAAAGCCUUUGAGACGGUUAAACCUUUGAGACGGUUAAAG